CAAAGCUUGAGUCUGUGGGCGUGUUUUCAUCCAGAUAACGGGACUCACUGAGGAGCAGAACUUGACGUCGGCCACUUCUCUGGACCUUUGCUCUCUGAAUAAAACUCUGCUCAGAUGCAUAUCGCAUAAAAUGCGACACGGACAAACGGAGAACUAACAUUAGCAACGGUGACGUCGCAGUUCAAUAGACGGUGAGUUCACUGACGUUUGACAUGGGACGAUAGAGUAGCUGUCUGUGCUCUCAUAAACUUAUUUUUCACCCAAAAAGCAACAUAUCCCUACGUAAUUACCCUGGUUUUUGAAGGUACCACCAUGCAGAACGAGAAGUCGGAACCAAGUGAACCGAAGGCUGCCGCGUGUCCGAGCACAAGCGACUCCGAGAAGAAGGCGCUGAUCCCCGCGGAGACAGAGGCCCCUCAACCCAAAGGGAUAAGUGCUGUUGCGGUUCUCUGGACGUUCGGGAAAUGUCUGGGAGCCCUGCUGCCCGUCUACCUGGCUGGCUACUACCGUAUCAGUACCAGUCUGUUGGUCUGCGGGAUGAUGGUGUACACGGGAUGGAAACAUGCUCGAGAAGCCAAAGAGGCACGACUGAAAUCAGCCAUUCAGCUGCUGGACAACGAGGAGGAGUACACAUCAUCUAAAGUGUCCAAAAUAAAACGAGAUCUCCCUGCAUGGGUCAACUUUCCAGAUGUUGAGAAGGUUGAGUGGCUAAAUAAGGUGCUGCAGCAGGUGUGGCCCUUUGUGGGCCAGUACCUUGAGAAGCUCCUUGUGGAAACCAUUGCUCCAUCUAUCCGAGCCUCAAGCACCCACCUCCAGACACUCAGCUUCACCAAAGUGGACAUGGGAAACAAAGCCAUGAAGGUUGUUGGGAUCAAGGCACACACAGAGAACGAUAAGGGACAAGUCCUGCUAGAUUUGUAUAUAAGUUAUGUAGGAAAUGUAGAGAUAAAUGUUGAAGUGAAGAGAUACUUCUGCAAAGCUGGAGUCAAAGGAAUACAGCUACAUGGGAUGAUGCGGGUGAUCCUGGAGCCUCUGAUUGGAGAUGUGCCCAUAGUGGGUGCAGUCACCAUGUUCUUCAUCCGUCGACCUAAACUUGACAUCAAUUGGACUGGAUUGACUAACUUAUUGGACAUCCCUGGACUGAAUGUCAUGUCUGACAGCAUGAUUAUGGAUGCAGUUGCAUCCUUCUUGGUUCUGCCAAACCGCCUUGUCGUCCCUCUGGUUCCAGGCCUGCAUGUGGCUCAACUACGUGCGCCUUUGCCCAGGGGGGUGGUGCGCAUUCACCUGCUGGAGGCACAGAAUCUAGCAGCCAAAGACAACUAUGUGAAGGGGGUUAUGGCUGGUUUGUCUGACCCCUACGCCAUACUGAGGGUCGGCCCUCAGACCUUCACCUCCAAACACAUCGACAACACAGACUCACCCAAGUGGCAGGAGAUGUAUGAGGUCAUUGUCCAUGAAGUGCCUGGUCAGGAGUUGGAGGUGGAGGUUUAUGACAAAGACCCAGACCAGGAUGAUUUCCUGGGCAGGACCAAACUGGAUUUGGGCAUUGUGAAAAAGUCUGUAGUCGUUGAUGAUUGGUUCACUUUGAAAGACACUACAUCAGGACGAGUUCAUUUCAGACUGGAGUGGUUGACUUUACUGCCAAACACAGAUCGACUUGAGCAGAUCCUGAAGAGGAAUGAGAGCAUCAGCACUAAGGCUGGUGACCCACCUUCUUCUGCCAUCUUGGUCGUGUAUCUAGACAAGGCUGAGGCACUUCCAAUGAAAAAGGGAAAUAAAGAGCCCAAUCCAAUGGUGCAGCUGUCUGUGCAGGACAUCACGAGAGAAAGCAGGACCUGCUACACAACAGUUAAUCCAGAGUGGGAGGAAGCUUUUACCUUCUUCAUUCAGAAUCCACACAAACAGGACAUUGACAUUCAGGUGAAGGAUGCCGAUCGUGUGCAGACACUGGGCAGUCUGACUAUCCCUAUGUCCCGUCUGCUCUCCACUUCUCACCUUUCCCUGGACCAGUGGUUUCAGUUGGAAAACUCUGGGUCAGCCAGUCGCAUCUACAUCAACACAAUUCUCAGGGUCCUGUGGUUAGAUGAGGAACAUAUUCCAUCUGAAGUGUCUUCUAAUCUAGAGGCUGGACUGCAAAAGCAGCUGCCCCAGCAGACAUCUCCACAUCCUAGUUUUGCAACAGAGGGACUGCUCAGGAUUCACCUGUUGGAAGGGCAGAAUCUUGUUCCAAAAGAUAACAUGAUGGGAGGCAUGGUGAAAGGCAAAAGUGAUCCCUAUGUCAAGAUCAACAUCGGGGGUGAAACAUUCACAAGUCACAUUAUCAAGAGUAACCUGAACCCCACAUGGAAUGAGAUGUACGAGGUGAUUCUUACCCAGCUGCCUGGCCAGGAGCUUCAGGUGGAGGUGUUUGAUAAAGACAUGGACAUGAAGGAUGAUUUCAUGGGCAGGCUGAAGAUCAAUCUGAAAGACAUCAUUGAUUCUCAGUACACUGAUCAGUGGUACACUCUCAGUGAUGUGAAGUCAGGCCGCAUUCACCUGGUGCUGGAAUGGGUACCCACAUCCUCAGAGUCAGACAGAGUGGACCAGGUUCUUCAGUUUCAUUCCAGAAAGUCCUUCCAAAACAAGGCAGUUCCCUCAGCAGGCCUGCUGUUCGUCUUUAUUGAGCAAGCAGAUGGCUUACCAGUGAAAAAGAGUGGCAAGGAGCCAAAAGUGGGAGCUGAGAUUUCUCUUGGAGAAAUGUCCCGUAAAACUACUGUGUGUGAUCGUACCACUUCUCCUCGAUGGAAUGAGGCUUUCUGCUUCAUGGUUCAAGACCCCAGGAAAGAUAUGCUUGUAGUCAAGCUCUCACACAGCUGGACUCUGCCCAUUGGUUCCCUGGUAGUUCCCAUCAGAGAGCUGCUCUCUGAACCAGAGCUGGUCCUGGAUCAGUGGUUCCAUCUGGAUGGAGCCUCACCUGAGAGUCAGGUUCUUCUGAGGGCUGAGCUCAAAGUGCUGAUUCCUAGCAAAUGCCAAGCUGCCACUGAUAAGGCCAAGGUUAUUCCAGCCUCAGACCCUCCUCCUCCUCCUCCGCAGAAGCAAGAGGCUGAAACAGUGCUGAGGUCAAGUUCAGUGGAUCCUCCUCCUGUUGAGACUUUAGUCCCCUCACAUGAGGAUGCUGAAGUUAAAGAAACAACAGCUGAUGUGCCUGAGGAAAAGGCUGAAGUUGAAGAAUCGCCCAGCCCUGCCGUAGCUCUACCUCCUCACACUUCACCAGACCUUAGCUUUGCCACGGAGGGCCUGCUGAGGAUCAUCCUGCUAGAGGCUCAGAGUCUGGUUGCCAAAGACACGGUGAUGAUGGUGAAGGGCAAAAGCGACCCUUAUGCAAAAGUCAGUGUUGGAGAGUCAAUGUUUAGGAGUAAUGUCAUCAAGGAGAACCUCAACCCCGUCUGGAAUGAGAUGUAUGAGGUGGUGCUGAGGCCUCAGUCAGGACAGGAGGUGCAGGUAGAACUGUUUGACAAAGACAUGGACAAAGACGACUUCCUGGGCAGGUUGAAAAUCAGUGUGGCAGACAUCAUCCGUUCACAGUACACAGACCAGUGGUACACCCUGAGUGACGUGAAGUCAGGACAAAUUCGCAUCAUACUUGAGUGGGUGCCAACGGUAUCCAACAAUGCAACCCUUGACCACGUGAUGAAUUUGCAGUUGAUGCAGUCUUUCCAGAACAAAGCCAUUUCCUCUGCAGCUCUGCUCUUUGUUUAUGUGGACAGAGCACACUCUCUGCCUUUUAAGAAAAGUGGAAAAGAGCCCAAGGCUGGUGCUGAGCUUGUUCUGGGAAACACAACCUACAAAACCAAGGUAUGUGAUCGCUCAAGAUCACCUCAGUGGAGUGAGUCGUUUCACUUCUUGGUUCGAGAUCCCAUGCAGGAGAUGCUCAUAAUGAAGCUUUCAAGUGCAUGGGACCAGCCAAUGGGAUCUCUUGUAGUCCCUGUGAGAGAGCUGCUCUCUGAACCAGAGCUGGUCCUGGACCAAUGGAUGCCUCUGGAUGGAGCUUUACGAGAAAGUGAGAUCCUCUUGAGGGCUGAACUCAAAGUCCUGAGCUCAAGGAUGACUGAAGCUCCACAGCCUUCUGUGACUGGUUUAAAGAAAGAGGAGACAUCCAUUUCUACUGAAAAGACAUCCAAAGCAGCCAGCGAGGAUAAAAUAAGCUCCAGACAGCCUGCAGAUGAAUCUGUUCCUGUGUCCAGUCAGUUCAAACAAACUGAAGCAGUUGCAGCAGAGGAGGAUGCUCCCCCAGUUAAACCAGCAGCUGUUCACACUGCACCUGAAACAUUACCUACUGCCACAGUGGAGGAACCAGAAAAGAUAGAGGAGCCUCCCUCUCAGAGAGACACUGAUGUCAAACCCUACUUUGAACCACAGAAAACUCAAACAGAGGGAACUGGUUUGGGCAACCUUGCUCAGGCUACAGUGACUGGGCUCCCCACUGACACCGUGGGUCCAGCAGAAGUCACAGAAGUUCCCAAAGCUGCUGAAGUUCUUCCACCACACACCAGCCCCAGCGAGAACUUUGCAAAAGAGGGGCUGCUCAGGAUUCACCUGCUUGAGGCCCAGAAUCUGGUUGCCAAGGACAACUUGAUGGGUGGCAUGGUAAAGGGCAAGAGUGACCCCUAUGUGAAGAUCAACAUUGGGGGUUCUGCAUUCAAGAGUCAUGUUAUCAAGGAGAAUCUCAACCCAACAUGGAACGAGAUGUUCGAGGUGGUUUUGAUGGGAAACAGUGUCCAGGAGAUCAAGUUUGAAGCAUUUGAUAAAGAUUUAGACUCUGAUGACUUCCUCGGCAGAUUCAGUAUCAAACUUAUUGAGGUGAUCCGAUCCAAAUACACAGAUCAGUGGCUCACUCUGAAGGAUGUGAAGUCAGGGAGGCUCCAUGUGAUACUGGAAUGGGUUCCUACAGUGGAGAAUUCAGACAGACUUGACCAGGUACUGCAGCUUCAGACUCUCCAGUCUUAUCAGAACAAAGCUGUCCCCACAGCUGCUCUGCUCUUUGUCCACAUGGACAGAGCUCAUUCACUGCCUUUGAAGAAGAGUGGAAAAGAACCAAAAGCAGGAGCUGAGCUUGUUCUCGGUGAAACAACCUACAAAACUAAUCUGUGUGACCGCAGCACCAGUCCACAGUGGAACGAGUCUUUCUACUUCCUGGUCCAUGAUCCUAAACAUCAGAUGCUUGUAGUAAAACUGUCCAGUGGUUGGGACCAGCCAAUGGGAUCUCUUGUGAUUACUGUCAAGGAGCUGCUUGCGCAGCCACAGCUUGUCCUGGAUCAGUGGUUCAGUCUGGAUGGAGCCUUACCUCAGAGUCAAAUCCUGCUCAGGACUGAGCUUAAGGUUCUUGAAUCCAGAAUGGUGGAUAUGAUCGACACAGGGACUCUGCCCUGUGCUGCCUCAGGCUGUGGGUCUGGAAAUGGGCAGGUGAAGUUGUCUCUGUCAUAUGGCAUGCAGGAGAGAAAGCUCAGUGUCAUCGUCCAUGCCUGCAGAGGUCUGAUGUCUCAAGGUAAGGACGGUGUAGACAGUUAUGUCUCCCUCAUGCUGCUGCCAGACAAAAGCAAGGCCACCAAGAGAAAGACAGGAGUGAAGAAAAGAGACCUCAACCCAGAAUAUAAUGAGAGGUUUGAGUACGAUCUGCCUGUGGAUGAGAUGAGAUUCAGACGCCUCAGUGUAUCAGUGAAGAAUAACUCGGCCUCAUUCAGGAGCCGGGACGUUAUUGGACAGGUGCAGAUCGAGUUGUCCCAGAUGGAUCUGACUUCUGGUGUCACAGAAUGGUUUACUCUCAAAGAUGAAGAUGAAUAAUCAUUUAGCUGUUGUCGUCGUAAAAUGCCGCCGAUGAUGUUAGCUCUCUCUUGGUAUCGUGCCACUGCUGCAGCUCACACAGAUGCCUUCUUCUCUAUAGCUCUGCAUACACUCCCACUGUGGCCGCCUUACUGUCAUCCACCCAAAUCUCUGUGUAUUAGCACACAGUAUGAUACAGAACUCUGUAUUCAAGUAAAUCAAUACUCUCACCAAAGAUACAGUAGAUAAAUUGCAGUAUGUUGAAGUAGCUUAAUGAUAAUGAAGUGCAAAUUUGAAAUGACUGAAGGUCACUUUAUAUGAUGAUAAAAGAGUUUAAAUGUUGGGAACAGGUCAUGAAGAAUUAAGCCACUUUUUGUUGCUUUUUUUUCUUUUUUGCUGCAAUAAUGUUUAAAAUUUUAGCAUAUCUUCUUUGAAGUAAAGUUACACUUUUACUGUGUUUAUGUAUUGAUCAUGACAGCUAAUGCCAUUUCAGUAUUGUGGAUCUGUUUAUUUACAGGCUUACGUCAGAAUUAUUUUACAUUUACUGCACUUUGAUUUGUUUGUUUUUGUGUGAAAAGGUUAACUUUUAUAUUUCUUUUAUAUGCAACAUCUGUUACACCAUGUCACAAUCAAACUGUUUUUUUAUUUGUGUAUAUUUGCAAAAAUUAUGGAUUCAAUCUGAUAUUGUUCUUUGAGAGAUGGUGAGAAAAAUAAACAGAUUUUGCACUGCU